GUGCAGAGGACUGAUACAAAAUUUCCUGCAUCCACUUGUGUUCCACCGUGAGCAAAGCCUGAAAGCCCAACCUGAGAGGAGUCUGUGCUAGCCAGCGGGGAUUUAGGAUUUGCCUGCUGACCCCCAUCCUCACCAGAGAUGGAUCCCAGGACAUCCCUCUACCUCGUGCUCAACUUCAUUGCCUGGGGUGCCUGCUCCCAGGAGAACUGUCUCUGCGCCCGCGGCUUUUGUUUCGAGGGCUGGGUGCAGUAUCAAGACUCCUGCUAUAAGGCUGUGAAGGAACCGAUGAAAUGGCCUGAAGCUGAGGUGGCGUGUCAAAGCUACGGCAAGAAUUCCCAUCUGGCCUCCAUCCACAGCGCAGAGGAAAAUGACUUCAUCUUUCACCUGAUGGGCAAGCCCCUGGAUUACACUAAAGGGCAGGCCUACUGGAUCGGUGCACAUGACACUUUCAAGGAGGGGUCUUUCAUGUGGACGGAUGGUUCCAAAUACAAUUUCCAGACAUUUCCUGCAGACCAGCCCGAUGGUCUCCCGGGAGAAAACUACCUGGGCUCUUGGACCCUGGAAAACGGCUUCGUCACCUGGAACGACUAUGGCCCCAGCUGGUCUUUCCCGUUCGUUUGCAAAUACACCCUGCGGAACAGCUUCAGGGACCAAUCCUGGUAACAGGACGUGGUGGAAGAUGCCGCCUGUAUCCUGCAGUGGAGGCUGCGUCAACUUCCUGUGCUGUAGCUUCAGAUCUGGAACCAUUUACUGCUGUGUCCUUAUCCCGUCUUUUGUGUCCUGGAUAGAACUGGGCAAAUAACAGGUUUGGGGGUUUGCUGGGAAUUCCGAAAAAUUGGGAGGGAAAAAAAUGUUUAAAAAAAUAUUCUGCAAAUGCAGAAGGGGGGGAAUAAUUUUGCACCAAACAAAAAUUUUGUUUUGAUUGUGACCAUUUUAAAACUCUGUUUGUUUUUAAUCAGACUAAAGGCCAUUUCAAAAGGAAAAGUAGUUUCAGACCAAAGACGCUAAAGGUUUAGAUUUUUCUGGGUUGGUUUUUAGUUUUGGCCGAUACACGUCAGUGAAGCCAAAACAAUUCACCAAGUGAUUCGGUUUCACCAAACCUGCAUUUUUCACCAGAAAAGGGGCAGGUCUGAAAAGUGUCACCCGCCUGUAUUCCCCCUCGGUCCCAGGUGGCGUCUCGUGCUGGGAGCCACUUUCCAGUGCGAACCCGCAGCAGGCCGGAGGCCGGGGGAACAAAGGUCACAGUCUGUUUGGACUCCAGAGCCACUGCGCUCUCACUGGCAUGGCAUCAUUCAGCGAUUCUGCUCAUGCAAAUCUGCUUAGGGAGCUCCCUGCUCUGAUCCCUGCUUCUCUUUCUGCCUCCUCUCCCUCCUGCUUUAUACAUGUACCUGCUCAUUCCUACAAAUGUUCUGGGCCAAAACAAAAUGAUCAAUAAAAAAGCUGCUCGCCCAGAGAA